AUGGAAAAACUUCAAAAGUUAUCAGAAGGUACAGAAUUACAAGUUGGUAAACAUAAAGUAACUAUAGUUAAAUAUAUAUCUGAAGGAGGUUUUGCUCAUAUAUAUGAAGUAUUGAUAAACACCGGCAACAAAGAACCAAGAAUUGCAUGUUUAAAAAGAGUAAUUGUAGCAGAUAAGAAUGGAUUAAAUCUACUACGGAAAGAAGUUGAUGUUAUGAAAACUUUAAGAGAUGCAAGAAAUAUUGUAACAUAUAUUGAUUCACAUGCAGAAAGAUUAGAAAAUGGAACUUAUCAAGUAUUAGUACUUAUGGAACUUUGUCCCGGAGGAUCCUUAUUAGAUUAUAUGAAUGCUAGAAUUAAAACAAAAUUAACAGAAGUAGAAAUUUUAAAAAUUAUGUUAGAUGUUAGUCAAGGAGUUUAUGAAAUGCAUAGAACAAAAUUAAUUCAUAGAGAUAUUAAAAUUGAAAAUGUAUUAAUUAAUUCUCAACAAAGUUUUAAAUUAUGUGAUUUUGGUUCAACUACUAUCCCAAUAAUGCCACCACAAGAUCAACAACAAUUUAAAUUAAUAAGUCAUGAUAUAUUAUAUCAUACUACUCCUCAAUAUAGAUCACCAGAAAUGAUUGAUUUAUAUAGAAAUAUUCCAAUUGAUGAAAAAGCAGAUAUAUGGGCUUUGGGAUGUUUUCUUUACAAAUUAUGUUAUUAUACAACUCCAUUUGAAGCAAAUGGUGAUAUUGCAAUAUUACAUGCUUCAUUUCAAUUUCCUCAAAUACCUCAAUAUUCAGGAGAUUUAAAAAAUUUAAUAAUAAUAAUGUUACAAGAAAAUGCAUUAUUUAGACCAAAUAUAAUUCAAGUUUUAAUUUUAAUUUGUAAAAUAAUGAAUAUAAAUUUUGAAUCUUUAGGUAUAAAAGAUUUUUAUAAAUUAGGUCCUUAUAAUUUUCAAGCUUUACAAGAAUAUCAAGCUCAAAAACAAAAUGAAAUUAUGCAACAAAAACAGAUAUAUUAUCAACAACAAAGUAUGAUCGAUACUAGUGAAUUGAGGUCACAAGUAGCCCCACAAGUAGUACCACCUCCAUCAACUUCCUCAAAACAAGAAGCAGUCGUGACUGAAGAAAAUUUGGCUCCAAAAUCAUUAGCUCCACCUAAAGAAUCAUUAGAAAAAACACCUAAUUCUUUAUUAGGUUUUAGUCUGGAAAAUGAAGAAGCAAUAUCAGAUUUGGAACAACUUGAAGAUGCUGAAGAAAGAUUUCCUUCAUUGGAUGAUAUUGAUCAUUUAGAUAAAUCAUUAAGUUCUUCUUCUGGAAAAGCUCCAACAAGAUCAACUAGUAUGAAAACAGAUGUUUCAAAAGAAACAACAUCAAAAGUGUUGAGUAAUGAUUAUCAAAAUUUAGAUGCAUGGACAAAUGCUCAAGCUCAAAGUUUGGAAAAGGGAGCUGAACAAUUAGCUGAUGAUAUUUUUGCAAACAACAAUACUAAUAAACAAGAUUAUACAAACAACAUUAAUAAUGCUUCAGGUCAAGAAUAUUCAAAUAACACCAAAAAUACUCCAAACAAUCAAUUUAAAAACCUAUCAAUUGACAACGCAUCAUCUUCCAAUAAUCAACACAAAAAUUUAAACAUUGAUACUUUAUCAUCUCCAAAUAAUCCUUUCCCAUUUGCUAGACCAUCCAAUUUAUCAUCUACAAAAUCUGAAAGUCAUUUUAAACCAGAACAACAUAAAAAUCAUAAUCCAUGGGGCCACACCGUAAAUUCACCUGAAGAAUUUAGACCAAGUCAUAAACCAACAUUACUGCAAUCAUCAAAUAAUAUUCCUAAAUUACAACAACAACCAGAUUUAAUUGAUCUUGAAGUUGGUCUUGCUUCAUCAAAUUCAUCAUCUUCAAUUCUUACAACCACUAAAAAUAAUGAUUCAAAUUUAUCAUUAAUAGAUUUAAAUAAUAGUGAAGAAAAACAAAAAAAAUCAUCAUCUAUAGAAAAACCAACUUUUAAAAAAAGAAUGUCAUCAACUAAUAAUCCCUCACAAAUAAUAUUACAAGAAGAAAUUAUUGAUUUUGCAUCUGAUGAUGAAAAUCUUGAUAAUGGAUCAGAUAUGAGUCGUAUCAAGAUUAGAAAUUCUUUAAAAAAACCAAAAAGUAGAAAAUCAAAUGAAUUAAAAAGAAUUGAUAGUUCACAACAAGGUGAUUCAAAGAAACGUCUUUCAUUUUUUGGUGGUGGUUCAUCAUAA